AUGUUCCUGAUUGUGGAAUUUGUAGAGGAAGGGAACACCGGACCUGUGGCCAAGUCCUGGUUCAAGGAUGGCUUUUCAUGGUGGCCACCCUAUAAGGACCAAAACAGGAUCCUGAAGAGCGUGAGGAAGACAGAGGUCCCACAGCCAGAGAAGGGGUGGACAAGGCAUGCUGUGAGGGUCAUACAUGAGACGGAAUCAUUUGACACCAUUUUAGCUCAGUGGAAGCGGUCAUGCUACACCUCUGAUGUUCAAUCAGAUCAUGAAAUCACAAAAAGACAGCGAAAACGAAAAUCCUAUUCUUCAUCAGAAGAGGAGAGCCCAGACCGCGGGCCACCAAAACAAAACAGACUGGCUGGUGCGCCAGCGGUCCCCCCGCCCCCACCGAGGGAAAGAAAUGGAACCACAUCCCGAAGCCAAACCGGUAUAGACUGGGCAGUCACUGCAAAUAACACCCCAUUGGGUGCAAGACCCCAAGAGCAUCCCAACCGGCCACUUCCCAUUCGAAGCAUGCCAUUAGAUGUCACACCCCCUGACCGUCCCAACUGGUCACUUCCACAUCAAAGCAUGCCAACAUAUCAAGCCCUCCACUCCAGAGGAGAAUUCAGGCAACCACCCUGUGCAGGUAGCUGCGUACGCUGAUUCAGGGGGCUGGACCUCCUGCUAUUUAAGCUGCCUCCUAUCCAUCCUGUCGGCCUCUCCCAUCCCCUCGCCGCACUUCCUCAUUGCUGGGGUGCAUUGUCGAGACCGUCGGCACUUUGUUAUUUGUUUUGACACUUAUCCGUAUAGUUAAUCACAUGGCUUAAUUUGUUUAAUUUAUAUUAUAGUUUAUGGUACUUGCGUUGGCGGUGACUUGGUGAUGGGUUUACACUUUUUGUAUUAUAGGUUUAGUUAGAGUAGGGAAGGAAGACACCGGAAGACUCACAAACUUUUCUGUAUUUUGUUUUCAAACGCGAGCAGAAAGUUAAUACCAUCUUAGUCAGUAAGUCCAAGGGUUUUCUUUUACAUUUUGUAUUAUUUUCACCGCCACGUUAUUCCGUCUGUCUGGGAGCUUUACUUUAAUAAAUUUGUUAACUUUUCACUACGU